AUGGCUUUUGUGAAUGUUCGACAACUGGCACAUCGAACAAUUCCUCUUGUUCACCGUGAACUCGAAAAACAAUUGACAGUGAUGGUUCUUGUUCAAGUGGCAGUCUAUGUUUGUACUGACGUAGGAUAUUCUGUUGUUAGUGCAAUAUCAGCAAUAAAUACAGAUCGAGAUCCUGUUUAUUUAGCAAAGAUGAACUUAGCGAAUGCUGUGACUUUGAUUGUUUCUGUUUAUAAGUUCAUUUUACACAUAUGUUUGUGUAUCUCAACGAUUUCGUCGACAAUUCUUAUAUGUAUUGUACCGAAUGUAUGUGGUGCGGUGCUAUAA